GUGUGAAAGCAUCGACAACUCCACCAACGAGCAGCACAAUGUCGUUCCCAACUCUGCCGCGUGGAGCAGCCUACCUAAAAUUAUUCAAUCCGCAAAAGCGAAAUGCAUUAAGCUUGGGUGUGUUACGGGAUUUGAAGUCACAACUGACGCAGUACAAUACUGGCGCGAGCGGCGAGCUAAUGAUGCUUCCAAGGAGAGAGAGCGCUGCAGGCAGAGAAUUGCCGCAGUGGCUAACCUCCCCUGACGAAUGGCAGAAGGAAAGAUCCCAGCUGCCCAAGGUUCUGGUUUUGCGAUCUGAAGGUCCCGUUUUCUCUAGUGGACAUGACUUGAGAGAGAUGAGAGAGCUGGGGCGACAAGGAACCCAAGAGACAUUCUCUCUGUGCGCUGAAAUCAUGGGCAUGAUAAAAUCAUGUCCUACACCAGUUGUGUGCCCAAUACAAGGCCUUGCGAGCGCUGCAGGGUUUCAACUGGCUAUGUGCACUGACUACCCUAUUGCACUGGCUGAUACGAAAUUUCAGCUACCUGGGAUGACUAUAGGACUUCCUUGUACAAGCCCAGCGACCGUCGUGUCUCGUAAAAUACCACCCAGUCUUGCUUACAGAAUGUUUGCGACUGGAGAUGCCAUGCGUGCCGACCAACUUCAAGGGGCGGUGGAUGUUGUGCCUGUUCCUGAACAUGCAGAAAGUACCGACACGAGAACGAAAGCCUUCGAGCAGAGGGUAUUACAAGUAGUGGAAAGACUUGUCGACCUUCCAGCACAGCCACAAGCUUUUGGCAAAUGGGCAUUCUGGACGCAGCUGACAAUUACGGAUAGUUCAGAGAUGGAGUGGGCAGGACAAAUGAUGGUGAAGCAUUCCGCUGGAGACGACGCAAAGGAAGGUAUUUCUGCAUUUCUUGAAAAACGAAGACCGAAAUUUCAGACCUGAAACCCGUGGGAUCUUCUUCCUUUUGCGCUGCCUGUCACUCCAUACAAAUUCCCCCAACCUAGAGUCUGUAUCGUGAGGGUGUUGUAUUCGCAUGCUUUAGAAAGACUGACCCGAAAACACCGAUAUGCAAAAAUUAUGAUGCAAGGCAAGUUCGGCCAUCAAAAUCAAUGACCUCCAUCUUCUUUAUCACCAAUCUAAGCUUUUGGACGUCGAAACAGGAUUGGAAAAGGCUAUAGAGUUUGCAAGGCCAUCUAAUUCGCGACACACUGGAUAGCGUCAAUAUUAAAUCCAAAGUUGAACA